AAUAAUUUUAGCUGUGGUAUUCCUCUUAAUGGAUUCAUCCAAAGCUGAAUGCCAAAUUGAAAUGCUAAAUCCAACACCAUAUAUUCUGAAUGAAUUCGGUUCCUACCACUUUAUGGCAGAAAGUUUUGGAGUAAUUAACCGUGGAGAGGGUCAGAAUCUUAAGUUGUACUGUCCCAAUGGAUUUAAAGCUGUGGAAGAUUACAAUAGACGCGAAGUUGUUAUACCAGAUUCCAUGCUAAGCUUGCGAUGUGAUGAUUAUUUUAGGAAUAAAAAUGAUGAACCAUACCGUACAAUUUCUUGUGUGGACGGCAAGAAAUCUGAAAUGUUUGAAAGUCGCAAGAAAUUAGCAAAUUGCGAACAAUCGAUGACUUAUGUGAUGGGCCAAAAUUUUAAUAAUUUGGGCUCAUCUAAAUCUUUAGCGCUUUGCUAUGACAUAGUUGAAUUGAGGUUAAAGUAUAUUGCAUACACAGCAUAUUUGGGAAAUCAGAAAAUAAUUCAAAAUCACCAAAUUGGCCAAUUAAAUACAUUGGGACUCGAUAUUAAUGUCGCCUAUACAAACGAAAUUUUCCAGCCAGUUAGUCCAAUAGCUAUUGAUAAUUUCAAUGUCAUGUACAGGGAAGUAUUUGGUUAUAAUGCCUAUGAAUAUGCCAACCUAAUCCAAGAUAAGCCCUUAACUAACCAAUUCACUGAAUACGAGGAUAUGUUAAGCAUUGUUUGGUUACGUAACUUGCGCACUGGCAACUGGUACAAAUGGCUCAAUGCCCUAAAUGAGGCCACCAAAACUGGCCAUAAAUUUGAUGUCCGUUUAGGCGUAUCGGGUGAAUUGCAGUUGCCAAAAUUUGCAAAUCAAUGUCUGAAUCGUACAUUAUCGAUUGUUGGCGAUAACACUGUAAAAAUAUCAGUACCAAAGUUAAUCUGGGCCCAUGUAACCGAAAUACUCCCCACAAAUGACACAACGAAUGACAUUGUCAUUAUCGGCCAUAACACUCCAUUCAUUACAGAUGAGAUGACCAAAUUCUGCACCGACAAAUGCAACAAAGUGUCUUGGCUUAAGGACACCAUGUUUCUGAAUUUGCGUCAGUAUGCUGCAUUUGGUCUAGUACAGUGCUGUCAAGUCGAUGAGAUUGUCAACCAAUUGGAUAAUUUCCCAAUGGCAAUUCUUGAGGAUAGUGGGGAGAGUGUCGAAACAAACUAGCCAAGCCUACGACACAAAUACGAACAGAAAAAAAGCAAACAACUACUAAUUUUUUAUAGGUUUCCACAUAAGCAUUUUGACCUCAUCGAAGGGGAUUGUCAAAAUAUUAGUGGUUAUUUACUUUUCUUUUUCUUUUAAUCAAUAUCAAUACCACAAAACGCAUACUAUAAAAAUGCCAACGCGUUUAUGUAACCAAAAUCUAUUGCACUAUUCUUUUCCUUUUGCUUUCUAAUAUUACUUUGUGUUGUUUAAAUAAUAAAAUACACAUUUUAAUGCUA